AAGUUCAAUUACAUUCACAUUGUAUUUAUGUGAACGGUGACUAUUAUUUAUCUCUAUAGGAUGGCAAACUAUGUCAACUCUGGUUAUAAAACGACUUAUCUUAAACUACGUAUGAUUAGUCCGCGACGAGGUUUUGUCCUUAGCGCUCAAGGAUGUUGAUAUUGGCUCUGCUAGUAGGUGUUGUGGCUGCGAACCCGGUGACAAUUACCAACCACUGGUACGGUGGGUUCGAGGGAGACUUCACUGUAACUGGCGAAGCUCAUAACUGGAAGGUCCAUUUGAAAUUUAGCCAUCCAGUUGACAAGGUCGAGGUAUGGAAGUUUGCUGUUGAAGGUCGAGUAAAUGGUGGCAAGGAAUUCAUUCUUCGGGCCCUUCCUGCUUUCGCUAAUUUAGCGGCCGGAGCUUCUCUCAAAUGUCAUUUUGUUGCAAGGCAAAGUGGCGAUCAAGUUCCCGCCACAUCAUAUUAUUUGGAAGGGGGCAGCGGUGUCGGCGGUACAAGUACAGGAGGCGGCGGCACGAGCACGGGCACAGGGACCGGUACUCAAACUUCCGGCGGGGGAUCCGGAGGUUCAAAGAACUACAAAGAAGCCCUGAAACUGUCCAUCUUGUUUUACGAUGCUCAAAGGUCCGGCAGACUGCCCGCUAAUAACCCAAUACCAUGGCGUGGAGAUUCCGCCGUAAAUGACGGCGCCGACGGCCAUGACCUCAGCGGGGGCUGGUAUGACGCUGGAGAUCACGUAAAAUUUAACUUACCAAUGGCUUGGUCAACAUGGGUGCUGUUAUACAGUAUGUUAGAGUUCAAGGACGGAUAUGUGUCCGCCGGGCAGAAGGACAUGGCAUGUGAUAUGAUCCGAACACCGCUAGAUUAUUUCCUGAAAUGUUGGAUUCCCGACCAACAGACACUUUAUGUUCAGGUAGGAGAUGGUCAUGCUGACCACGGGUUCUGGGGUCGACCAGAAGACAUGCAUAUGGGACGCCCUGCUUACAAGGUCACGACCUCGUGUCACGGAAGUGACGUAGCUGGAGAUACCGCCGCAGCAAUGGCGGCCGGAUAUAUGGUAUUCAAGGACAUAUGCGGAGAUACUGGACUUGCUAAUAGACUACUCACAGCUUCAAAGAGUUUGUACACUUUUGCUAAAAACAACCGAGGAAAAUACACUGACUGUGUGACACAAGCAAAGGAUUUCUACGGGUCCACCGGUGAUGCUGAUGAGCUUGCCGUUGCCGGGGCAAUGUUGUACAAAGCCACAAACGACCAGGGAUAUCUGAAUGACGCUAAGGGAUUUUACCCUGCUGGAACAGCCUGGAGCUUUAACUGGAACGAUGCCAACGUCGGCGCUGCUCUUCUGCUAUAUGGCAUUACCAAAGAUGGCAAAUAUAAGACCGACAUUGAAGGUCUGGUCAACUCUUUUAGACCAGGUGGUAACGUACAAAAGACACCGUGUGGACUAGCCUGGCGUGACCAGUGGGGACCUAACAGACAUGCCGGAAACGUUGCAUUUGUUGCCACAUUGGCGGCCAAAUAUGGAAUCCAACCAGACGUUUACAAAAAGUGGGCCCUGUCACAAAUCAACUACCUUCUCGGAGACAACAAACUUCAUCUAAGCUAUGAAAUUGGAUACGGAAGUAACUACCCUAAACGACCCCAUCACAGAGGAAGUUCCUGUAAGCCUGGAUAUUGUGCACAAGGUGACGCUCCAAACCCGAACAUUCUAAAUGGUGGUUUAGUUGGAGGACCUGACCAGUGGGAUAAUUAUGACGACAGGAGAGAUGAUUACGUCAAGAAUGAGGUAGCAUGUGAUUACAAUGCUGGUUUCCAGGCUUGUUUAGCAGGUCUCGUUCAUUUCCAACAUACUAACAGUCUACCCGCUGCACCGGCUCCAAAAUGUUAGAGCAGUUUCUUAAAUAUAAUGUAGUAAUAUUAUAUUACAUAAUAUAUUAUAUACAUCUGAAUAAACAAGUAUAAAUAGCAAA